AUGAUUCAUUUGUGUACAACUCCAUUCUGGGAUAAAAAUGUGAUUAAUUCAUCAUAUCCAUAUUUAACUGAAUGUUUUCGAAAUACAAUUUUACAAUGGGUGCCUAUGAGUAUUUUUUGGUUAAUUUUACCAUUGUGGCUUUAUAUGUUACACAAACGAUCAAUAAAAUUACAAGCACUUGUAGUUUCUACGUUAUUUAUCAUCAAAAUGAUAUUCGUUUGUCUAUUUAUUUUGGUACAAAUUAUUCGUAUUAUUCAUUAUGUUGUUCUAUUAAAAGAAGAAAAAGGUCUAGCUGAAUUAUUGACUCCAAUUUUGUAUAUAAUAACAACAAGUUUUAUUCUAUGGCUAAUAAAUUAUGAUCGAUUGAAGAGUGUUUUUUCUUCUGGUUUACUAUUUAUCUUUUGGUUAUUAGUUUCUUUAGCAAUUGUACCUGAUGUAAUUGAUUAUUCUGUUAAAUUUCAUCAACAAAUCAAAUCAAUAUCAUUAUGGAUAGAAUUUAUUAUUGUUUGGUUUCAAUUUUUUUUUGCAUUUGGUUUAUUUAUUACAAAUUGUUUUGCUGAAAAAUAUAUUGUUCCUGAAACAACACUUAAUGAACGACCUAUUGUUCCUGAAUUUCAUGAAAGUUUUCCAUCUCGAAUUUUUUAUUCAUGGGCAACACCAUUAAUUCAUCGAGGCUAUAAAAAACCACUUACAGAAAAAGAUUGUUGGGAAUUACCAAUAUCUGAACGAACUGUUGCUGUUGUUCAUCAAGUACGAAAUUAUAUGAAAGGAAUGAAUAGUUGGACAUCAUGUGAUUCAUACGACAAAACAUCUACAAAUAAUAUUAAACAUUCUGAUUUAAAUCAAUUAGAAGAUGAACAUGAAAAUUUGCUUAAUAAUAAUGUUCCAAUUGUUGAUGUGAAAAAUUCGUCGUCUAAAUAUAAAAAAACACAUAUUUUCUGGUAUGCUUUGUUUUACACAUACAAAGAUAAACUUUUUAUUGGUGGUUUCAUCAAACUUAUUCAUGAUCUUAUACAAUUUAGUGGUCCUAUGAUUUUAAAAUUACUUCUUAACUUUUUUAUGGAUCCAACUAGACCAAAAUGGUUAGGUAUUUUCUAUGCAAUUCUUCUAAGUACAACAGUUUUUUGUCAAAUAAUACUUUUACGAGCUUAUUUUCAUUGUCAAUUUCUUAUUGGACUUCGAUUUCGUUCCGCAAUUACUGGACUUGUAUAUCGUAAAAGUUUAAAAUUAUCAAAUGCAUCGAAACAGGAAACAACAACUGGUGAAAUCGUUAAUUUAAUGGCUAUUGAUGCUUCAAGAUUUGCUGAACUAACCCAGCAUAUUCAUAUAUUAUGGUCAGGUCCACUUCAACUUUUAAUUGCAUUAAUUUUACUCUAUAGACAAAUGAAAUUUGCAAUAAUUCCUGGUGUUACAUUAUUAUUUAUUAUGAUUCCAUUAAGUUUAUAUUUACAAAGAAUUCAAAAAAAACUUUUACUUAAACAAAUGAUAAUUAAAGAUCAACGAAUUAAAAUGACAAAUGAAAUACUUAAUGGAAUUCGAGUAUUAAAAUUAUAUGCAUGGGAAAUAGCAUUCAUACGUUCUAUUACUCAUAUACGAGAAAAAGAACUUGAAUAUAUAAGAAAAAAAGCAAUUGUUAAUGCUUUAUCGAAUAUUCUUUGGACAUUUACACCAAUUCUAGUUGGUAUAACAACAUUUGCAACCUAUGUUCUUUCAUCGGAUACAAAUAUUUUAACAGCUGAUAAAGCAUUUGUAUCAUUAACAUUGUUUAAUCUACUUCGUAGUCCACUCGUUGCUUUUCCUACUGUUUUUAAUAAUGUUGUUGAAGCACGUGUAUCAAAUAAACGUAUUGAAAAAUUUUUAAAUAAUGAAGAGAUUGAUAAAAAUGCUGUUGAUAAAAUGUCUGUAAAAUCUAAUAAAUAUGCAGUAAAAAUUGAAAAUGGUUCUUUUCGUUGGUCAAAUCUUGCUGAUGAUUCAUUAAUUUUAAAAAAUAUCAAUAUUCAAAUUGAACAAGGUUCACUUAUUGCAUUUGUUGGUAUGGUUGGUUCAGGUAAAAGUAGUAUUUUAGCAGCAUUACUUGGUGAAAUGAAUAAAGUUCAUGGAUGUGUAAGUAUUAAUGGAACUAUUGCAUAUGUACCACAAACAGCAUGGAUUAUGAAUACAACAUUGAAAGAAAAUAUUCUUUUUGGAAGAGAUUUUGAUGAAGAUUUAUAUAAUCGUGUAAUUGAAGCAUGUGCACUAAAACAAGAUCUUGAUAUGCUUCCAGCAAGUGAUCAAACUGAAAUUGGUGAAAAAGGAAUAAAUUUAUCUGGUGGACAACGACAACGUGUUUCAUUAGCUCGAGCAUUAUAUAGUAAUGCUGAUAUAUUUCUUCUUGAUGAUCCACUUUCAGCUGUUGAUGCACAUGUUGGUGCUUAUAUUUUUAAAAAUGUUAUUGGACCUAAAGGAUUAUUAAAAGAUAAAACUCGUCUUUUGGUUACACAUGGUGUAUCUCAUUUACAUAAAUGUAAUGAUAUUAUUGUUGUUUCUGAAGGUGAAAUUGUCGAUCAGGGAUCAUAUCUUGAUUUGAUGAUUAGAAGCACGAUUCUACGAGAUUUUGUUUAUUCCGUUGCUACUUCUAAUACAGAAUACUAUCAACGUCGAACAAGUGAUAUUGAAAGUCCAAAAAGUAUUCCCACGACUCCAUCAGAAUUGACUCAUAAAUCAUUUGAAUUUACUGACGACAAUAUUCAACAAGAUGAAUUACAACCAAUUAUAAUUGAAAUUGAAGAAGAAAAGAAAAAGAUCAUUCAAAAAGAGACCGUACAAACAGGUUCGGUGAAAUUUAAUGUAUUUUUAAUAUAUAUUCGUUCAUGUAAAUUAUCAAUGAUUGGAUUAAUUUGUAUAUUUUUUUGUUUAACAACAUUUGCUUCUCUAAGUACUAAUAUUUGGUUAUCCAAAUGGACAGAUAAAAUGAAAGUAAUAACAACUACAAAUAAUACAUCUUCAAGAAAAAGUCAAAUUUAUUAUAUGAAUAUUUAUUCAGCAUUAGGAAUUACUCAAGGUUUUCUUGCUUUUGCUAUGCAAUUGAUUCAAAAAUUAGUUGCAUAUAUUGCUGGUCGAAAAUUACAUUGGUUUAUUCUAAUUGGAAUUCUUCAUGCACCAAUAUCAUUUUUUGAUACAACACCAAUUGGUCGUAUUAUUAAUCGUUUUUCUAAAGAUAUUGAGGCAGUUGAUUCAGCAUUACCGAAUGCUUUUUCACAAUCAUUAACAACACUUAUUACAGUUGUUGCUACAUUAAUAAUACUCGUCUAUGGAUCAUGGUUUGCUAUAAUUGAAUUCAUACCACUUGCUAUUCUUUUUAUAUAUAUUCAGCGUGUUUAUAUAGCAUCAUCUCGACAACUUCGUCGUCUUGAUUCAGUUACACGUAGUUUAAUUUUUGCAAAUUUUAGCGAAACAAUUCAAGGUCUUAGUUCAAUACGUGCUUAUCGUGCACAACAACGUUUUAUUGAUUUAUGUGAUAAAUUUAUGGAUAGAAAUCAAUCAUGUCAUUUAACUGCUUCUGUUUCUAAUAGAUGGCUUGGUGUUCGUUUAGAAAUGAUUGGUAAUUUACUUACAUUAUUUACAGCUAUAACUGCUGUAUUUAUGCGUGAUCAUUUAACAGCUGGUAUCGUUGGUUUAAUGAUAACUUAUGCUGUACAAAUUCCACAUUCUCUCAAUAUGCUUGUUCGUAUGUCAAGUGAUGUUGAAACAAAUAUUAUUAGUGUAGAACGUAUUAAUGAAUAUGCUCAAUUGACACCUGAAGCUCCAUGGGAAAUUCCACUAAUGAAACCAUCAUCUCAUUGGCCAACAAAUGGACAUAUUCAAAUUAUGAAUUUAUCAAUACGAUAUAGAGAUAAUUUGCCAUUGGUAUUGAAAGAUUUUUCUAUUAGUAUUCAAUCAGGAGAAAAGAUUGGAAUUAUCGGUCGUACGGGUAGUGGAAAGAGUAGUUUGUGUUUAUCUCUUUUUCGUAUUAUUGAACCAACAAAUGGUACAAUUAUAAUUGACAAUGUUGAUAUUCGUCUUAUUGGUUUACAUGAUUUACGAUCAAAGAUCACUAUUAUUCCACAAGAUGCAAUCAUAUUUGCUGGUACUGUACGAUUCAAUAUAGAUCCAUUUAGUAAUUAUAGUGAUAUAGAAAUAUGGGCUGUAUUAGAAUUAGUACAUUUAAAAGAACGUAUUCGUAUGAUGGAAAAUGGUUUAUUAUAUCUUUUAGCAGAAGGAGGUCAAAAUAUGAGUGGUGGUGAAAGACAAUUAUUAUGUUUGGCACGUGCUCUCUUAAGAAAAAGUAAAAUAUUUAUAUUUGAUGAAGCAACUGCUGCUACUGAUAUGGAAACAGAUCGACUCAUUCAACAGACUAUUCGUUCAAGAUUUAAAGAUGCAACUGUAUUGACUAUUGCUCAUCGUUUACAUACAAUUUUAGAUAGUACUAAAAUUCUUGUUUUAUCGAAUGGUUAUUUACAAGAAUAUGAUGAACCAAUACGUUUAGCUGCUAAUCCCGACUCGGCAUUUGUCAAACUUUUACGUGAUGCAAAUAUUCAUCCAUCGGAUAUUAAAUCAAUCGCUUCAUUCUGA